CGCCGCGCGGCACGGCCCGGUCCCCGCCUCCGCCCGGCCGCUGCCCCGCUUCCCUGCCCCGGGCCCCAGUCGCCGCCAGAACUCGCCUGCCUCUUAUCCGCGCGAGCCUACGCAGCUCCCCAGGUGCUUCACCAGGACAGCGGCAGGGAUGGCGGGUGUGGAGCAGCAGGAGGGCACCAUCCAGGUACAGGGCCAGAGCCUCUUCUUCCGAGAGAGUCGCCCAGGCGGCGGGCAGGCUGCCAGCUUCUCAGUUCUGCUGUUGCAUGGCAUCCGCUUCUCCUCCGAGACCUGGCAGAAACUGGGCACGCUGCACAAGCUGGCUCAGGCUGGCUACCGGGCUGUGGCCAUUGACCUGCCAGGUCUGGGGCGCUCCAAGGAAGCAGUGGCCCCUGCCCCUAUCGGGGAAUUGGUCCCCAGCAGCUUCCUGGCAGCAGUGGUGGAUGCCUUGGACCUGGGCUCUCCAGUUGUGAUCAGCCCAUCGUUGAGUGGCAUGUACUCCCUGUCCUUCCUCACGGCCCCUGGCUCCCAGCUCCGGGGCUAUGUGCCAGUGGCCCCCAUCUGCACUGACAAAAUCAAUGCUGCGGAUUAUGCCAGUGUGAAGACUUCAACUCUUAUAGUAUAUGGAGACCAAGACCCCAUGGGUCUGACCAGCUUUGAGCACCUGAAGCAGCUGCCCAACCACCGGGUGUUCGUCAUGGAGGGGGCAGGGCACCCCUGUUACCUUGACAAACCUGAGGAGUGGCACACGGGGCUGCUGGAUUUCCUGCAGGGGCUAGCAUGAGACCCAGCCCUGCUGUCUCUGUGGGGGGUGGCUGCUGGCCUGCCUUGGACUCUCUCUGUUGCCUACCCCCUCCAUGGGUUCCUGUUCAUCAUAUACACGCAACAGGUGUGUCUCUGUCUAUCUGGAUUCUUGUCUCUAGGGUCUGCCUUUUCCUCUUUCUCUUGCAGUGACAGACUAAGGAGGUGAAAUCAAGAGGAAAAACCUCAGGAAUCAAGAGACGUAAUCUGGUGGAGGGUAAUCUGUUAGAUGGACUUCUCCUGUAGGCUUUCCUGUUCACUCACACCCCUUCCUCUGCCCUGUGCAGCCUCCCCAUCCUGCCUCUAACCUCUUCCUUCGGUUGCCCUACAGGGCAUUCACAUCCCCUACUCCUGCCUCUUAGACCACAGAUACCUCCAUGCCCACAUCCAUGCUUAUGCAUUUAGAGCCAUCCAUGUUCCCAGAUAUGACCCUUCACUUGGGAGCAACCACCUACGUUACGUACAGGCAACUUGACGGACAUGCACAGUCACCAGCAGGUUUGCAGUGCGUGCACUCACACACAUGCAUUCUUGUGGUUCAUUUGCAUGGGCACAUGCACCCUCCCAACCAUGCAGAACCCUACCGUCCAGGAAGGUGGGGACCCUAUGGGAGCCAGCCCUAAACUCCAUUCACAGGUUGCAGCUGGCCCCAGACUAGAAUUGCCUCCCAGAAGGUGAGGGCCAUCCCUUGGAACCUCUGAUCUCCUUGCUUUUCCCCCUCUUUCCGGAUGCUCCCUGGGUUAUUAGGCCUGGACCUGCUCAGCCAAGCUUGUUUCCUGCUCUGAGGUUUGGGGGCUGGGGAGACGGAGAGCGGAGAGUGGAGGUCGGUGAAAUAAAGUGAUGCAAUUAGA